AUGGCUCCAGUACCAGUUACAACAUCAGCCAAGGAGGAAAGCUCUGUCAGUGGGGACUCUCCAGAGGUGGAAUGCCCCAUUUGCUACCAGGAAUAUGAUCAAGAUCGUAAGCUUCCUCGUAUGCUGGAAUGCCUCCAUGUCUUCUGCACAGAAUGUCUUCAUAAUAUCCAGUUGUCCCUUAUCCACCCACCUGAUCCCAACAGCCCUCCUUCUAUCUCCUGUCCCUUGUGCCGCCACUCCACCCCACUAGAAGGUGGCGAUGCAUACUCACUCCCAUGCAACUCCCGUAUCCUCGCACAGCUACCUCCUGUAACUUUUCGCCUGCCUGUGUCAGUCUCUACCCGAUUAACUACUGUCACUCAGAGGGUGAUCCUGUCUCUGGAGUCACGCGAUGCUCGGUUUAUUAUUUUACCCACAGUCAGCCUACGGGUGGAGCAGAUGGGUGAGGGCUCAAGCACGCCUGAUUCCAUAACAGGGACGGUGGAGGGGUUGAGGAGGAGAAAGAACCUGAUGUGUAUCCAGAUGUUGGUUGUGAUAUUCUGGAUGCUUUUUGUCCUGGCCUGUGUGAUGGGACUGCUGUUCGGCCCUAAUUUGUUCCACAACUGA